CCUUUUCUUUUUCUCUCUAAAACCCUAGCCUCCCCUACUUCUUCUUUAUCAGUUAGGGGCUGUCAUGGAUGAUUUCAUCCAUGGUAUUCCCCCUUUUUCCUUUUAUUUUCAGUUUUUAGUUUAUUUUCUUAUUUUGUUGAAUAAAUUAGUAUCUCUUUAUGAGAUUUUUGAAACCAUGUUAUGGGGGUUUUAGUCUCCGUUAUGGAGAUCUCCUUCUCCCCUAUGGGAGUUGUGAGUGUGGUUGUUUUGUUUUUUUUAGGUAUGAGAAAUUGUUCUUAUUGGUUGAAGUUCAAAACUCAACAUGAAGGUAUUGGAAUCUUGGAUGCGGUUAACAUGGCUCGAUCAAGAAUGCUCUUCCCAAACUAUGUCAGAAUGAUAGACUUCCUCAUCAAUGUUGUUGAGUUAGAAGGCAGUCUUGUUGAUGUUGGGUGUGGCGUUGAAAGGUUAGUGGCCAAUAUUGUUAAAACAUACCCUCAUAUUAAAGGCAUUAAUUUUGAUGUGCCUCAUGUUGUUGCUAAUGCUCCCUUACAUCCCGGUGUCACCCAUGUUGGUGGUGACAUUUUUAAGGAGAUUCCAUCCGCCGAAAAUAUCAUCAUCAAGUCCGUUUUACAUGAUUGGGAUGAUGAGGACUGCUUAAGGAUCCUAAAGAACUGUCAAAAAGCAGUAUCCCAGAAAAAGGGAAAUAAGGUGAUAAUUGUUGACAUCGUUCUUCAUCCUGAUGGAGAAGGGUUGUUUGAUGAUGCAGCCAUUGCCCUUGAUAUGUUGAUGAUGACAAAUUGCAUUGGUGGCAAAGAGAGGACUGAAAAUCAAUGGAAUAAAUUGUUGAAAGAAGCUGGAUUUACACACCUCAACUCACCCCUUUACCAACUACAAUGUCACUAUCAAAAUUACGCGUUGAAGGUGUGGCAGGACUCGCAGAAGUCUAUGGAGGGAAAACAGGCUGGCAGGGCUGCUGGAAGUCAGGUGCGCAGCUUUUUUCAGCAAAUCAGACUUAUUUCUCUUGCCCUGAGUUGGAGACUUCAAGAGGAGACCGAGGCCUGUUGUGCUGAAGCCUUUGCGGUGCAUUGGAGUUUGAAGCUGGCUAGAAGCAUGGGAGUUUGCUUGAUGGCAUUAGCAAUUAAGAGAUGGCUACAGAUUGGUGCUACCACAUUUGACAUGACUCAGCUGUGUAGAUGGAUUAUGAGAAGUAAAUGUUCAAGAUUCAAGAGAGCAGUAUGGGUUGCUGGUAUAUCUGUUGUUAUGUACAUGAUUUAG